UUCAUAAAUAUGUGUUUUUAAACUAAAAAGUGUAACGAGAGUGAUAAUGCACAAACUUCCAGGGCCGAUGCAUGUGCCGCGCGCUGUCUUACCCAGCUCACACCCGCACCGUCCUUUUCUUUCCGACAGCUUAGCGAACUAUCUCGGGAAGUACUGGGCGGUCGUCUUUACGGUAGGGUCUCGGGCGCUGGAAACGGGACACAUGCGGCACUACUUUUCGUGGUAUUGUACGCGGCUGAAGGUCGUGGAGCUGGACCACCACAUUUAUGCUGUAUCCUUACGGAAUCAGAUUGCGGCUCGUGCCGCCACGAAGGAUUUGCCGGUUUUGUUUGUCAAUAAAAAGAUCAUUGGGACGAUCGCGGAGGUGCAGGAGUUGGAGGAGAAAAAGCUUUUGAAAGAUAUUCUUCAGUUUGGAUUUCAAUGGAAGACGGCUCAGAAUCUUGGCGGGGCCCCACAGCCACUGAACACAUUGCCCUCCGCGUACGGGGAUGUGGAGCUUUUCCAAGGACGCUACCGCGGUACCCCACUUGCCCGACCGGUGGUGCGGCUGCCUUCUUUACACCCUCUUCAUCCUGGAGGGGAUGACCUUUGAAGCUUGUUUUUCCUCACUUUGUCAUGGGUUCCUUUUCAAGGUGAUCUCUGGGUGUUAUCCUCCGAAUUUACAUUUUUUGGAGGCUACUACAGGAACUAUAGUGUGGAAGAAUACUUUUCAAAUCCUGCGAGAGGACUGAGCCUGAGAUGAAUGUGUGUGUGUGUGCUGCUGUGUACCAUAUUUUAAUCGGAAGUGCAUAUUAUUUGGCAAGUUUUUUCAAUUGACUUUUCCUGUCUAUUUCAUCAAAAAAUAUGCUCUAGUUUAUCAUCUUU